ACUUUAUUGGUGGUAAAUGGGUUCCUUCUGUCGAGGUCAACACUGUGACAACGUGUCCCCUGUGAAUGGAAAAAUAUUCUGCAAAAGUGCAACUACCGAAGAAAAUGAACUGGACUUGAAUGUUGCCCACGCUGCAAAGGACAAGUUUGAUGCAACAACUUUUGAGAACAGAAAGCAAAAAAAAUACGAUUGCCUAUCAUGUUGUGGGAGUCAUCAUUCCUUGGAAUUUUCCCAUAUUAAUGGCUAUUUAAAGUUAUCUCCAGCACUUGCCGGAGCCAACUGCAUCAUUAUUAAACCAACAGAACAAACUCCAGCUUCUAUUAUAGUGCUGAUGGAAGUAUGGGUCAAUAUUGUAGCACAGGGUGUUAUCAACGCUGUUACUGGUUAUGGGCCUGAAACAGGAAAACUUUAGCAUGCAGUCCUCGAAUUGCAAAAAUAGCAUUUACGAUUGAGAC